AUGUUGUGUUCACUGACUGUAAUUACAACCUCAGAACAUUAGGUGGCAGUGUUAAAAGGCAGAGACCGUAGGAUGAGAGAAGGGAGAAGAAGAAGUGUGAAUAAGAGUGAGACGUAUACGACAUGCUUGCUCCUGUGCUACCUUGAUUAUUUCUAUGUAAUGUUUUGUUAAGUAAACAGCAUUUUGUUCUAACGCAUUCGUAUAUGCUCCGGCCUGCUUAUUCGAGCGCCUUACUACAUUUCUGGCAACACUACAUUUUUGGCGACGAGUUUUGUGUUUUCACCUCUUCUUUUUUUUGCUGACUCACCAUGGCUGGAAACGUGCCUGCACCUCCGAUGUUUUUGCCGUGUCCGGGAGAGCCCCCGAUACCUUUCGACAUGUGGCUGCGGAUUUUCAAGAACUACCUACUGGUAAUUAAUGCAACGGGAAAUGCUUGGCCUGAAGCGCGCAGGAGAGCUACGCUACUCCACUGUCUCGGAACCGAGGGACAACGGACUUUCUACUCGCUACCAGAUACGGGUGACUCCUUUGACUCUGCUGUCACUGCUUUAGAGAAACAUUAUACACCUAAAGUAAACGUUGUUGUGGAACGACAUACCUUCAGACAGCGAAAACAAGCACCUCAUGAGACUAUUAUACAGUAUGCGGCCGUAUUGCGUGAUCUCGCUUCAAAAUGUGGAUUUGAUGAUAAAACCGAUGAGAUGAUCCGUGAUCAGCUGAUUGAACAUGUGAAUAACUCAAACAUAAGAGAGAGGCUCCUGCUCGAAUCGGAUCUGACACUGGACAAAACCUUAACACUUGCAUCACAAGUAGAAUCUGCUAUUCAACAAGCUAAAACUAUAACAGGAAACGACAGUGUCCCAGUGCAAGCUGUACAACCCCGUUCACAAUUCACUAAAAAGAAAUACACACAGCACAUUCAUCCUAAUAAGCCAUUCAAUGCCUCCACUACAUCUUCCCGCAGCUGUUUCAGGUGUGGUUCUAACACACAUCUGGCUAAUUCUUCUCAGUGUCCUGCAGCCAAAGCAACUUGCAAGUCUUGCCAUAAAGUUGGACAUUUUGCUCGUGUUUGCCGCUCAUCCAAGACAAGUGAUGUACGUGAGAUUCAGCUACCUAAACUGACUGUGCUAUACUUAAACAACACUUGCCAUGCACCACAUACACUCACAUGCAAAAUCAAUAUCAGUACUCCUGCUUCUCUUACCAAAGAGCAUGAAAUGGUUGUUGACACAGGAUCAGCAGUAUCUAUUUUGCCACACCACAUCUAUGUUCAGUAUUUCAAUGACACACCACUGCUUCCACCUGUUAGUCAGUUAGUGACUUACACAAGGAAGAGAAUUCCUGUGCUUGGUUGCCUACAAGUCAAAGUGAGUAGAGGAGUUCUCACUGCCCCUGUUACAUUUUACGUGGUGAAGAAGGGCACUUCUCUUUUAGGAAGAGAUCUCAUGAAAGCCUUAAGCAUCUGCAUUGAAGGUAACACUAUCCUUCCUCCCGUGUUUACCACAAACUCUGCAUCUGCUCCCUGUAUCCCUACUGCUCCUGCUGUUAGCUGUGUGACUGUUUCAACCGCUUCCUGCAUCCCUACUACUCCAGACAUUGGUUGUGCACAAAACUUUGUGCAUAAGGUGAAAAUUGACCCCACUGUUAAACCAGUACGCCAGAAAUUACGACGCCUGCCUUUUGCUGUAAGAGCUUCUGUCUCAGCUGAACUUGAUCGCUUGCUGAAAGCUGGUGUGAUUGAGAAAAUUGAUGCAUCACCUUGGGUUUCGCCUAUUGUAGUUACAGGACGGAAAACUGGUGGAAUACGAAUGUGCACAGAUCUCCGUGAACCAAACAAGGCUGUGGUCACAGAUUGCUACCCUCUACCUCAUGUGGAUGAACUGCUUGCAAAUUUACAAGAGUUCCUUAUGGCCUCGCAUCAGCCCCCUCAGCCUUCCAGAAAAUGAUGGCUGACAUUCUCAACGGUCUUCCAGGUGUUCAAAAUUAUUUGGAUGACCUUAUUGUCUAUGGCAACUCCCCUGUUGAGCAUGACCAGAACCUCAACGCUGUCCUCCAAAAGCUGAAGGAAGCUGGAUUGGUUCUCAAUGAGAACAAAUGUCACUUCAGGAAAACCUCCCUACGCUUCCUAGGUCAUGUCAUUACUGUAGAUGGCAUUCUUCCUGACCAAGAACACAUUAAUGCUGUCCUGAAAGCCCCUCCUCCAUCUGACGCUGUUGCCCUGAGAUCGUUUCUGGGCCUAGUGUCCUGGUAUUCAAAGUUUCUGCCUAACUUUGCGACGGUUGUGGCUCCUAUGCGUGCCUGUGUCAGUGAAAAAGACACAUUUACAUGGUCUCCUGCAGCACAAAGCAGCUUUGAGGAAGUUAAGCAACUUCUUGUGAACAGUCCUGCGCUUGCUCUUUUUAACCCUUCUCUACGACCGGUAAUUUCCACAGAUGCAAGUGACUAUGGACUUGGAGCUGUCUUUGCACAAGUACAGCCUGAUGGCACAGAGAAGCCUGUGGCUUUCGCUUCCCGCACACUGACUGAAACGGAGAGGAAAUACUCGACUGUUGAAAAAGAAGCACUUGCUUGUGUGUGGGCUACAGAAAAAUGGAGAACGUAUCUGUGGGGACGUCGUUUUACUCUCCGCACAGAUCAUCAGGCAUUGACAACACUGCUCAGCACAAAGGGAAUCGGUCGGGCUGGUAUGCGGGUUGCCCGCUGGUCUGCACGCCUGCUCUGUUUUGACUAUGAUGUUGUCUAUCGACCAGGCUCCCAGAACUAUACGGCUGAUUGUCUCUCGCGCCUUCCCCUGCCUGCGCCUCCUGACUCUAUUUCAGAUUCAGAACCCGAGAUGGUGGCACAUAUUUCUGCUGUCCUAAGCUCCCUUCCGGUGGUUGACUUCAACUCUGCUUGUUCUACUUGUCCUGAACUGUCAGCUCUGCGCUCACAAAUUGAAAGUGGUUGGCCUCCAUCCGUUAAAUCAGUAAGUGGUAUACUAGCCCUAUACUAUAAGAUCAGAGAUGAGCUCUCCGUUAAGGAUAACUACAUCCUCAGAGGCUCAAGACUCAUCGUGCCACUCUCCUUACGACACACACUGAUCACGCUUGCACAUGAGAGUCAUCAAGGAAUUGUCCGCACAAAACAACGUCUGCGCGACCUCUACUGGUGGCCAAAGAUGGAUUCACAAGUUCAGUCUUGCAUUGCUUCAUGUAUACUCUGCCAGGCUAAUGAUAAAACAGCUUCUACUCACCCUGCUCCUUUGCAACCAGUCCCACUGCCUGAUGGACCAUGGAAGAAACUUGGCCUUGAUAUUGUUGGACCCUUUGACACUGCAGUUGCUGCUUGUAGAUACGCUAUCACGCUGACAGAUUAUUAUUCAAAGUGGCCAGAAGUUGCCUUUUCACAUACCGCCACUACUGAAGAUGUUAUUCACUUCCUGACAUCUAUUUUCUGUCGUCAUGGUAACCCAGAGAACAUUGUCACAGACAAUGGUCCACAGUUCACCUCUGCAGCUUUUGCAUCAUUCCUGCACACCUAUGGUAUCUCCCAUAGCAGAACAUCAGUCUACUAUCCAGCUGCUAACGGAGCUGUUGAGAGAUUCCAUCGUGCCCUGAGAAGCUGCAUUCAAACCGCCAUUCAACAGUCACAACCAUGGAAUGAGACUGUUAUGAACUGGCUCCAGGUGUAUCGUGCAACGCCACAUGCCGCAACUUCCACCUCACCAUAUGAACUACUUUAUGGUAGGAAAAUGCGCACCAAAUUGGAUAUUCUUCCUCUGCCGUCUGCCAUGUCUCCGCUGGAUGUUUCUGCUCGUCGUGCAGUUCAGAGACAUCAGAAUAACAUGCAGCAUUACACUGAUGCUAAACGUGGCGCAUGCAUGCCUUCUUUUCGACCAGGAGAGAGAGUGAGGAUAAGGAAGCCUCAUCACGUCCCUAAAGCUCAUCCCAGAUUUACUUCCCCUACAACCGUGAGGAAGAGGAUAGGUCCAAAUUCUUUCUUGCUGAGUGAUGGAAAAAUUUGGAAUGCCUCUCAUCUUGCCAAGAUUCCUCCUGUGGCUGGACAAGACUGCGACACAUCUCGACUGAUACACACAGGUGUUAGUCAUUCUCCCUCUCACAAACAGCCACGUGUUAAAUACAAGCCCAAGUGGCUUAAGGACUAUGUCAUGCAAUAGUUGAUUAAAGAGAAGCUGGGAUGAUUCUAGUAACUUGAUUGUUAUAACUAAGACUGUUUACAAGGUUCGAAGUACUUCAGUUUAUUCUCUAGAUAAGAGUCAAGUUUAAGUAUAGGUAAUUUACUGUUUACAGUGAUUUUACAGUUACAUGUUAAUGCACCUUAUGUAAAGAUACUUUAUUCACGAUUUCUGAUGCAAUGGUACCACAAGAGUUGUAUUUGACAGAACUACAUUUCAAUUCAUUACAUUUAACUACUACGUUUUCCUGUUUGCAUUCACUUUGUAUAGAGAGUGUAUUCUUUUACAGAGAGAGGAGAUGUUGUGUUCACUGACUGUAAUUACAACCUCAGAACAUUAGGUGGCAGUGUUAAAAGGCAGAGACCGUAGGAUGAGAGAAGGGAGAAGAAGAAGUGUGAAUAAGAGUGAGACGUAUACGACAUGCUUGCUCCUGUGCUACCUUGAUUAUUUCUAUGUAAUGUUUUGUUAAGUAAACAGCAUUUUGUUCUAACGCA